AUGACUUCCAUACCUUAUGUCACUCUCGGAUUCCUCGACCACGUAGAAUCCCAGUGCCUCGUCCCUCAAAAGCAUGAUGUGGCGCAAAUCAAUUCCGCGUUAUCGAAGCUAACUGACAUCUCGCCAAAAACUGAUAAAGCAGCUGGAGGAGAACCCCCCAUGGGAAGUAGCCCAUGGCCUGGGUUUCCUUGGUCCAAUUAUCCGCUCUUCGGCCAAAACGUUGUGACUCCAUCGGAAGAUUCCAUGAUACCCGAACCUGGAAGUACAAGAACUACUCUGGCUUCGAAUUCAGGAAGUUCAUGCGUCUCUCAACAGACAUCCGUCUGUGGUGGAUUAGGAUUUGAAGCAAUUGAAGGGAUGGACCCUCGAUAUCAAGCAAUUUUUUCCGAGCUGCAAGAACAUUCUCACAGUACCCCGCUGAAGAAAAAUAACACACUCCCGUCCCCAAAUGACAGUCCUUCUGCGACGGCUAAAAUCAAGAAGUUGGAAUCCGUCUCCAGGAGCAAGUUGACGUCCACCAAGCCCAUGUGGGAAGAUAGUUCAGCAGCCAGUCUCAGGGCCUCCAACACUUCCGAAACUCUUUCAGUUGAUGAGAAUUCUCAGUACCUUCCUGCAGCAAGGAUGAGAGCAGGGAAGAUCUUCGAUGACUAGGAGAUCGAUCUCUCCGCGACUAAACAUUCUCCGUGAGCUGCGGUGGUCGUGUCUGUAAUGAAAUUCCGGUAGGCAGGAAGUUCCAGAGGACAUCAACAAUCCGAUGCAGAUGUUCAAAUCUGGCAAGCGUUGACUGGAUACUCACUCACAUGAUUGAUUUUUCUUCAUGCUCAAAAUGUUUUUGAACCCGUUCAAAAAAAACUGCCACUUUCUGAGUGAA